AUGUUUAAGACUAUAACUUUAAUCUUACUUGUCUUUAAAAUUGCGUGUAUCAUUUCACAGAACUGCUCUCUCAAGAUUUAUGAUACUAUUGAAAAAGGAGGGUCGUCUUUACCUCCAGAUGAAAUCAUAGCAAAUCAUACCGUCAACUCAAGAUUUAUCUCGAUAGAAUGUCUCGAGCUUUGCCAAAAGGAACCGAAAUGUGUCGGAUUCAACUACAGAGCUGACAAGAUGAAUGUUGUGAACUGUCAACUGACGAACGUCACAGGAAAAAGAAAUCACACCGUAAUGACUGGUGCAGGAGAAUGGAUACUAAUGAACGAUAAAGAAGCAGCAGCAAACAAUGAGAAAGAAAAGAGGAGACGGGAAACUUUGAAUUCAGCUACCAGCUGCGCUCAUCUUUAUAACCAAGGGAUUAGACAAGAUGGAGUUUAUACUAUCAAUCCGGGUGGUCUCGGUUCGUUUCAAGUCAGAUGUGAUAUGAGCACAGACGGGGGUGGCUGGACCGUGUUCCAAAAAAGACAAGAUGGAAGUCAAGAUUUCUACCUUGGAUGGUCAGAAUAUAAAGCAGGCUUUGGUGAUCUUAACGGCGAGUUCUGGUUGGGCCUUGAUAAAAUACAUCGUUUGUCCAAAUCUGGCCAAAAUGUUCUAAGAAUUGAUUUGACGAAUUUCAAUGGCGCUAAACGUUACGCUAAAUAUGGAAAGUUUAGUGUGGCUGAUGAAUCAGACAAAUACAGAUUAACUAUUGGCAAUUAUUCAGGUGACGCAAGUGAUUCUCUGGCUUAUCACAAUCAAAUGCAGUUCUCGACCAAGGAUAGUGACAAUGAUGCUAAUAGUGGUAAUUGUGCAACGCGGUUUCAAGGAGCUUGGUGGUACAAAAACUGUUAUCAUUCUAACCUCAAUGGCCAGUACCUGGCUGCAGGUCAAGCUGGUGCCAGCGGAAUAAAGUGGAAUAACGGUAUGAAUUCAAGGAAAAAGACGGAGAUGAAAAUUCGCCCAAAUCAGUUUUGAGAUAUUCCUGAAUCACCAUCAAUAAAAAACACACAUUCAUUUUCUGUUUUCGAGCACAUAUUUUAAAUUAAUUAUUAUGGUAUUGAAAUAACAGAAUAAUAAUAAAGUUCACGUUUAAAGUAAAUUUACAGAAGUAAAUUUAAAGAAGAGCAAAAACAAUCUGUGGCAAUCGCAAUAGAACUUAUUAAAAAUGUUCAGCAGUCGACGGCGGG